GCUCCGGCUUUACGACGUGGUUCUCGUGUUCUCUGAAUGGAUUAGAGCUUGGAAAACUUGCACGUUUUACCGGCGAACGUAGCAUUUUAUAUUAAUAAUUACUUAAGAACUCUAUUUUAACGUGAAAUUUUGUAACAAAUUCUUGAUUAUUAAACGAAAAUGGCGCUUGUAAUGAGAAUAAUUGCAAAUCGUCUCGUUGCUCAACCUCAGGCAACUUUUACACCCCUUUCCAUUCUUGCAAAGAACUUCAGUGAUACUACAGAUCUGAAAGGGUUGAUGGCAAAAAAGAUUAUUGAGCAUCAAAAAGCCGUAAAAAAAUUCCGUGAAGUUUAUGGAAGUAAAGUUAUUGGAGAAAUCACUGUGGACCAGAUAUAUGGUGGUAUGAGAGGUAUGAAAAGUUUGGUAACAGAAACUUCUCACUUGGAUCCAGAAGAGGGUAUCAGAUUCCGUGAUCUAACCAUUCCAGAAUGCCGAGAACAACUUCCUAAAGCCCCUGGAGGUGAAGAACCUCUUCCUGAAGGUCUCUUUUGGCUGUUAAUGACUGGAGAUGUACCAACAACUGAACAGGUAAAAGCUUUAUCCAAGCAGUGGGCUGAACUUGCAGAUCUACCACCUCAUGUUGUAACAAUGUUGAAUAACUUCCCUUCUAAUUUGCAUCCAAUGUCUCAGUUCUCUGCUGCCAUUACAGCCUGCAAUACUGAAAGUAUGUUUGCCAAAGCUUACAGUGAAGGAGUUUCCAAGGCCAAGUACUGGGAGUUGACAUAUGAUGAUGCUAUGAGUCUCAUUGCUAAGCUCCCACCAAUAGCAGCUACUAUUUACAAGAAUCUGUAUCGUGAUGGGAGUAGCAUUGGUGCCAUUGAUACCAAUAAGGACUGGUCUCACAAUUUUACCUCAAUGCUUGGUUAUGAAGAUGCCCAGUUUACAGAGCUUAUGAGAUUGUACUUGACCAUCCAUAGUGAUCACGAAGGAGGCAAUGUAAGUGCACACACUGUUCACUUAGUUGGUAGUGCUUUGUCAGAUCCUUAUCUAUCAUUUUCUGCUGGAAUGAAUGGAUUGGCAGGACCACUUCAUGGAUUAGCAAAUCAGGAAGUUCUUGUUUGGCUAACUAAGUUACAGAAAGAACUUGGCCCUGAUGUGACUGAAGAUCAAAUGAAGGAAUUUGUGUGGAAGACAUUAAAAUCUGGACAGGUUAUACCUGGCUAUGGCCAUGCAGUGUUAAGAAAGACUGAUCCUCGUUAUGUAGCUCAGCGUGAAUUUGCCUUGAAACAUCUUCCUCAGGAUCCUAUGUUUAAACUUGUGUCAACUAUUUACAAAGUUGUUCCACCUAUUCUUCUUGAAUUGGGAAAAGUCAAGAACCCAUGGCCCAAUGUUGAUGCUCACAGUGGAGUGCUGUUGCAGUAUUAUGGAAUGAAGGAAAUGCAGUUCUACACUGUUCUCUUUGGUGUAUCCCGAGCUCUGGGUGUGAUGGCAUCUUUAGUCUGGGAUCGUGCCAUGGGCCUGCCUCUGGAACGACCAAAAUCCAUGACAACCGACGGACUCAUGAAGUUGGUUGGAGCUGUCUAAAUGGCAGGGCAAAUCCGAAAUUGCCAUGCACACCACUUCACUACAGAAUAGCAGCAAUUCCAUAAUGCAGGAUUUUUAAAAAUUGAUGUUCACCUGUUAGAAAGUGAACGGACAGCUUUGUGAUAGAUGUUGGUUAGGUGUCAAUGUCUGUAAAAUUGCAUCAAGUUUGAAGCUGAAAAUAUUCAUUUUCCUUGUCUCUCUGUCAUCAUUUUUCUUUUUAAGUCCUCAUUGUGAAUUUUCAAGCAGAAGUGCAGUAGAAAUUCACCUGCAAUAGACUGUGGUGUAGACAUUCUUCAUUUGCUCACUCAUCUCAUGUUGAAUCUCUUUCUCCAACAUAAUAAAUUGAACCCAUUGGUUACAUUCAGACUUUGACACAACCGGCUGUUUUGUUUAAUUCUGGAAAAUGUUUUUUUUUUUGUGAUAAUUUAUCGAAUGCUGCGGAGCAUUUUUUAAAAAAAAAUGUGGUGUUGGAACUCUUUGUUUGAAAUUAUUUUGUUUAAGUUUUUAUAAUUAAAAUUUAAUAUUGGUUGAUUUAAUUGCACAAUAAAAAAAAUGAGAAUGAGCUAUUAGAAAAUUUUAAUAUAUGUAAUUUAAAAAUAAACUGUUGAAAGUGACAAUUUUACAUGCACUUGUACCUGAAGGAUAAUAAAUAGAAAAUUGCUUAAUCAUCUUGUUUUUCUGUUUGUUACAUGACAUUAUGUGAAUUAAACUGAUGGCUUAAGAAAAAGCAAUAAUUAGUUAAUAUGGAAUCUAAUUAGGAGAUGUUUUAUAAUUUUUGUCUGAUAUUCUAAAUUUAACUGGAGUUAGUAUUGAUAUUUAUCAUAUUUAAAUCCCUGUGUGCUAAUUUUAGUGUGUCAAUUUAUCCAUGUCUUACUUGUUGUUGAAACUGGCUGAUAAAAUAACAUGUACCUGAUAUGGUAAAACUUUAUGUACAAAUGAAAUGACUUAAUAUAACAUUUUUAAAGCUAGUUAAUAAUACUUAUUUAAAUCUAUGCGAGCUGUGUAUUGUUUUCACCAAAUUAGUAAAUUAAAGUUUUUAAACUAGACAUCUUUGAUCUAGUAUUGGAUCUAGCACAUAAUUUUAUUGAACAUUCUGAUCGUGAGGUAGUACUUAGUGUAUCAUAGUUGUAAAGUCCAUGCAAGAAUGUGUAUACUGUAGAACUUUAUAACAAAGAUUUUGUUAAAAUCUAAUUUUACUUUAGUUUGUUCUUAUUUCUAUAAGCAGCAUAUUUUCUUUUAUUUUAAUCUGUUUGUUUUUUGUGAAAGAUUUAUUGAAAAAGAAUACUAGAGAUACUUUUUACAUUUUUAUUAUUGUGAAGUGAAAUGGGUUUAUAUUAGUUAACUUAAACUAUUUCAUUAAGGAAGAAUACUAAAGAAUUAAAGUGAUAUUUUUUCAUAAAAAUAAUAGUUUAAUUUACCAUUCUUGUCUGAAUUUUAUCAAAAAACUGCUCUUUGAAUAACUAGUUUCGUCUUGCUAUAGUUAAAACAUGACUGCAUCUUAAUUUUGAUUUUUCUUUAUAUAUUUUUCUUUUUGUAAUCUCGUUUCUUUUAAUUAAAUUAACAAGAAAGGGUUCUUUAAAUAUUUUUUCUUUAUCCCAGAAAUAUUGGCAUUCAUAUUAUUACAUAUCUAAAAAGCUGUAGCACCAAGUUUAAUCAUUAACAUAUUUCAAUGCAAACUAUCUUAAUUAUUAGUUUAAUCUAACAGCUUAGAGGCUGCAUCUACUGUAUAUAGUAUAUAUUUGUACACUCAGAAAGCAUGGGGUCUGGUCUUCCAAAAAUAAAGGUCCAUAUAAUUUUUCCUAGAAUUUUUUUGUAAUUUUGAAAUGUGUACAAACAUAUUUUGAAAAAGUGAUGACUGUUUCCAUCAGAAUGAUAGAAAAAUUCGAAAAUGUUCCAUUCUAAUAUACUCAAUAAAUUUAGCUCCCUUGUU